AUGCAUAUUCCAUCUGUACUAUUCUCCACCCUUAUAUUAUCCACGGCUUCGGCAUUCCCCACCAAAACCUCAAAUCCUGAGCGGCUAUUUCCUCGUCUUCUGUUGCGGAAACUAGAUACGAAUGCCGAUGAACAUAGUCUGCGAUUCCAGCCAGCCCUCGACCUUGAUAGGGACAGUUGCUACCACACCGCAGCUAUCGAUAGGGAUGGGACGGUAGACAAAGGCCUCUCCGAAUUGGAUGGCCUCCUCGCAAAGGACUGCCGGGAUAAAUCCCGGCUUGACAAUGCAAACGUCUACACAAGGAAGCGCUGCAAUAAUGGUUGGUGGGCAUACAUGUACGACUACUACUUUGAAGCUCAUAGAACGGGCUCUGUGCACGGAAAGUAUCACCACCGGGACAACCCGCUACUGCAAGAUGGUCACCCUCUGAUAGUGUAUUACAAGAGGCCAAUGACAACCGAUGGCCUUCGGUUUGCCAAGUACAAGGACGUAAAAAACGUUAAGAACCGUUACUGGAAGUGGGUUAUCGUAGACCUAGUUGGCUGGGAUAGGUUCCCUACCCCAAAGUUCAGGCACAAGUUAUUAAAAUAUAACUAUGGAAAGGCGAGAUUUCAUUUAGCCGAUAAACACUUUUCGAAGGGUUUGCAUAAGGCAGCGGGAAAACAUGUUCCUGAAUUUAACCCUAAGAAGGAUGGAAGGGAGGAGUAUGAUCAUAACCGUGAGAAAAUCAAUAUUAAGAAGGGCAAGAAGGAUGAAGAUAAAUUAAAGGACAAUGAGGUAAAGAGCGUACAAGGGGAGCAGAAAGAGGAAGAGAAGGGCGAGGAAAAUGAAUAG